GACACUUUAGCCGGACGAUGGACGAGCUGGUCCAUGACCUGGUGUCGGCGCUGGAGGAGAGCUCGGAGCAGGCGGCGCGGGGGGGCUUCGGGGAUGGGGGGGACCACGCGCUGGCCGUGGGCUGCCUGCUGAAGAGACAGGCCCGGAAACGCCGAGGGAGGAAGAGACGCUCUGACAAUCCCCACCCGCCCUGGGAGACUGGCCACCUCAGUGAGGGCUCCGAGUCCAGCCUGGACGAACACAAGGUUUGGAGGGGGUCUCGGGCGGUCCAGGUCCUCAAUAAACCUCACUUAUCUUAUUGUAAUUGUAAAGGAACAGUACCUUGGUAACUGUACAGUAAGCAUAUUCCUUAUGAAAACAGAUACUGUCUAACUGGCAUGUGUCUUUCCUCUUUCUAUACUUCUCUUCCCUCGCUCACUUCCUGUCAGGACUACCGCGCCACCACAGGCAGCGUUGCCAGCAGUAACAGCCAUGCCCGUGACAACAGCGACUCUGACGAGCAGCUGGGGCCCAAGCGCCGUACCCCCCUGAACCCUGACACAGGACGUGGCAAGCGCCCCCUCUGGCAGGAUGACCUAGGAGGAGUGGGGAGCACAGAGGGGUCCCGCAGUUUGAGACGACGGCGCAAGGUCAAACGCAUGGCCGUCGAUCCCCCUCUGGAGCCAGUGACUUCCAAUAGCACCACCACCAUGCUAGGUCCCCCGCCUGUCCCCAAGCCCCACGCAGGGUGCAGGAUCCCUGGGGUGAGCGCGGCUGAGGGCAGGGCAGGGAUGGAGCUCACUGGUGGUGGAGUUGGAGGAGGGAAGAGCAGGGUGAAGAAGAGGAAACUGGCAGCCCACAGGCUCGGGCUGGAGGUGACUGAUGUGGUGGAAAGUGGGGAUGCCAUUAUGCGGCAGGCGGGGCCCAAGGACAAGAUGGAGUUUGAGGAGCAGAAGGGCUCAGAUGAGGACAUGAGUGACAGGUGGUUAGUGUUUCUCUUGUCUGUUUUGUUUCCCUGCUCCUUUGUGUAGGCCUAUACGUUCACAGGUACACUCACCUGGUUGAAAAGCAGUGUUUGGGAGGCUUGUUUAAGGUUAUUCUCCCCACAGCAAGUUUCCUUCUACCUCAGAGGUUUCGCUGUAUGAUGGACAAUGAAAAUUGACUUCAGACUUUUCUUGUUUACCCAUCAUCUCUCCUUCUCACACUCCCAUCUUUUCUCCUUCAUCUCUCUCUUUCUCUGUCUCUCUCUUUGUUAGUGAGACCAGCAGUGUGAGCAACAGUAGUGAUGGUGGACUGUACACCAAUGACGAGGGGAGGCAAGGUAAUCAAUCUAUUUUACUGGCCACCAAAUCUUGCCAUUUACAGGGAUGGCGGAAGAAGGGGUGCGGCAGCACCCCCUGGUCUACCGCACCUUUGAACUUGAGAUUCAUCAGUAACUGAAAUCUGGACACUGACUGUAGGCCUAUAACCUCUCACAUGUAGCCUAAAAUAAAAUUAACUUGUGCAGAAUUAAGUAUUUAUUGCAGUGCAGUGACACACCUAAUGUUAAUUUUGUCUCUGGAACAGAAAUGUAGAAAUAUGUCUUUCAGCAUCUCUUGAGCGAUUGCAAGUGGGCAGAUACGAAUAGGGGCCGUGUGUAAAUGUGCAAUAUUAUGCAAUUGACACUUUCAUAAAAGCAGACUGUAUUAAAAUCACAAGACUCCAAAAGACAAGAUGGCGUAUUGAAUACACAGCGGUGCGAAUCACCUCAAGAUAAAAACAUAAUAUUCAAUAUCAGUAAGUUAGACUAUAUACAGUGAGGGGGAAAAAGUAUUUUGAUCCCCUGCUGAUUUUGUACGUUUGCCCACUGACAAAGACAUGAUCAGUCUAUAAUUUUAAUGGUAGGUUUAUUUGAACAGUGAGAGACAGAAUAACGCAUUUGUCAAAAUUUUUAUUAAUUUAUUUGCAUUUUAAUGAGGGAAAUAAGUAUUUGACCCCUCUGCAAAACAUGACUUAGUACUUGGUGGCAAAACCCUUGUUGGCAAUCACAGAGGUCAGCCGUUUCUUGUAGUUGGCCACCAGGUUUGCACACGUCUCAGGAGGGAUUUUGUUCCACUCCUCUUUGCAGAUCUUCUCCAAGUCAUUAAGGUUUCGAGGCUGACGUUUGGCAACUCGACCCUUCUGCUCCCUCCACAGAUUUUCUAUGGGAUUAAGGUCUGGAGACUGGCUAGGCCACUCCAGGACCUUAAUGUGCUUCUUCUUCAGCCACUCCUUUGUUGCCUUGGUCGUAUGUUUUGGGUCAUUGUCAUGCUGGAAUACCCAUCCACGACCCAUUUUCAAUGCCCUGGCAGAGGGAAGGAGGUUCUUACCCAAGAUGUGACGGUACAUGGCCCUGUCUAUCGUCCCUUUGAUGCGGUGAAGUUGUCCUGUCCCCUUAGCAGAAAAACACCCCCAAAGCAUAAUGUUUCCACCUCCCAUGUUUGACGGUGGGGAUGGAGUUCUUGGGGUCAUAGGCAGCAUACCUCCUCCUCCAAACACGACGAGUUGAGUUGAUGCCAAAGAGCUCGAUUUUGGUCUCAUCUGACCACAACACUUUCACCCAGUUCUCCUCUGAAUCAUUCAGAUGUUCAUUGGCAAACUUCAGACGGGCCUGUAUAUGUGCUUUCUUGAGCAGGGGGACCUUGCGGGCGCUACAGGAUUUCAGUCCUUCACGGCGUAGUGUGUUACCAAUUGUUUUCUUGGUGACUAUGGUCCCAGCUGCCUUGAGAUCAUUGACAAGAUCCUCCCGUGUAGUUCUGGGCUGAUUCCUCACCGUUCUCAUGAUCAUUGCAACUCCACAAGGUGAGAUCUUGCAUGGAGCCCUAGGCCGAGGGAGAUUGACAGUUAUUUUGUGUUUCUUCCAUUUGUGAAUAAUCGCACCAACUGUUGUCACCUUCUCACCAAGCUGCUUGGCGAUGGUCUUGUAGCCCAUUCCAGCCUUGUGUAGGUCUACAAUCUUAUCCCUGACAUCCUUGGAGAGCUCUUUGGUAUUGGCCAUGGUGAAGAGUUUGGAAUCUGAUUGAUUGAUUGCUUCUGUGGACAGGUGUCUUUUAUACAGGUAACAAGAUGAGAUUAGGAGCACUCCCUUUAAGAGUGUGCUCCUAAUCUCAGCUUGUUACCUGUAUAAGACACAUGGGAGCCAGAAAUCUUUCUGAUUGAGAGGGGGUUCAAAUACUUAUUUCCCUCAUUAAAAUGCAAAUCAAUUUAGAACAUUUUUGGCAUGCGUUUUUCUGGAUUUUUUUGUUAUUCUGUCUCUCACUGUUCAAAUAAACCUACCAUUAAAAUUAUAGACUGAUCAUUUCUUUGUCAGUGGGCAAACGUACAAAAUCAGCAGGGGAUCAAAUACUUUUUUCCCUCACUGUAGAUGAAUCAAAUCUCACAUUGUUGUCAAUUUUUGCUAAAUCUUGCAUGCUUUUUUUAUACAGCUGUAACUGUAUAUGCAUUCGUAAAUCAGGUCCUUUCUUGAGUUGGGCUCUGGGAUGUAAGAACCGUUGAGCAUCUGAUCUUAUGGUUGAGUGUGUUAGAGUGUGUGUGUGUGUUUAUCCCACGUCUGUUGCAAGGGGGUAAGGAUGUUAGGGAGAAUAUAGGAUGAAGCACAAUAAUUGUUUGCUAAAAUGUAAUGGAAUACAAUGGCAAUCCAGGUUAUAGGUAACAAUCCUACGCAUGAACUACCAACAUUAUUACGAAUAUUAAUUGGUAAUGAUGGAAAUUAAGAUAUACAAGAUAUUUGAAUAGAUAUAUAUAUAUAUAUAUAUAUAUAUAUAUUUUGAGGUGAGAGCGUUGGAAAUGCUUUUGGCGGUUGACCUGCUUCUGUUUUGUGGGUGGCUCUGUGUGCUGUUUUCGAUGGAUGGUUCCUGUCCUCUCGGGGGCCUAGGGAUCCGGGGGGACGGGGGUGGUAUGCCGAUCACUGGGAUGACGGCCCAACUUGGGAUGGGGAGGGGCUUUAGCGGGGGGAAUAUUGGAGAACAAUUGGAGGGUUACUUAGUAGCAAUGCAAAUAUCAUGGUACAGCUACAGUGGGGGAAAAAAUAUUUAGUCAGCCACCAAUUGUGCAAGUUCUCCCACUUAAAAAGAUGAGCGAGGCCUGUAAUUUUCAUCAUAGGUACACGUCAACUAUGACAGACAAAAUGAGGGAAAAAAAUCCAGAAAAUCACAUAGUAGGAUUUUUAAUGAAUUUAUUUGCGAAUUAUGGUGGAAAAUAAGUAUUUGGUCAAUAACAGAAAUUUCUCAAUACUUUGUUAUAUACCCUUUGUUGGCAAGGACACAGGUCAAACGUUUUCUGUAAGUCUUCACAAGGUUUUCACACACUGUUGCUGGUAUUUUGGCCCAUUCCUCCAUGCAGAUCUCCUCUAGAGCAGUGAUGUUUUGGGGCUGUCGCUGGGCAAAACAGACUUUCAACUACCUCCAAAGAUUUUCUAUGGGGUUGAGAUCUGGAGACUGGCUAGGCCACUCCAGGACCUUGAAAUGCUUCUUACGAAGCCACUCCUUCGUUGCCCGGGCGGAGUGUUUGGGAUCAUUGUCAUGCUGAAAGACCCAGCCACGUUUAAUCUUCAAUGCCCUUGCUGAUGGAAGGAGGUUUUCACUCAAAAUCUCAUGAUACAUGGCCCCAUUCAUUCUUUCCUGUACUGGCUUAAGCAGGGGGACACGUCUGGCACUGCAGGAUUUGAGUCCCUGGCGGCGUAGUGUGUUACUGAUGGUAGGCUUUGUUACUUUGGUCCCAGCUCUCUGCAGGUCAUUCACUAGGUCACCCCUUGUGGUUCUGGGAUUUUUGCUCACCGUUCUUGUGAUCAUUUUGACCCAACGGAGUGAGAUCUUGCGUGGAGCCCAGAUCGAGGGAGAUUAUCAGUGGUCUUGUAUGUCUUCCAUUUCCUAAUAAUUGCUCCCACAGUUGAUUUCUUCAAACCAAGCUGCUUACCUAUUGCAGAUUCAGUCUUCCCAGCCUGGUGCAGGUCUACAAUUUUGUUUCUGGUGUCCUUUGACAGCUUUUUGGUCUUGGCCGUAGUGGAGUUUGGAGUGUGACUGUUUGAGGUUGUGGACAGGUGUCUUUUAUACUGAUAACAAGUUCAAACAGGUGCCAUUAAUACAGGUAACGAGUGGAGGACAGAGGAGCCUCUUAAAGAAGAAGUUACAGGUCUGUGAGAGCCAGAAAUCCUGCUUGUUUGUUGGUGACCAAAUACUUUUUCCACCAUAAUUUGCAAAUAAAUUCAUUAAAAAUCCUACAAUGUGAUUUUCUGGAUUUUUUCUUUUCUCAAUUUGUCUGUCAUAGUUGACGUGUACCUAUGAUGAAAAUUACAGGCCUCUCAUCUUUUUAAGUGGGAGAACUUGCACAAUUGGUGGCUGACUAAAUACUAGGUUGAGAGCUUUUGUGAAAGUGCACAGUUAGAAAGAUAUGACCCCCCCCUCCCCCCAAAAAAAUUAAAUAAAUAAAUACAUAUUGUAAAGUGGUUAUCCCACUGGCUAUAAGGUGAAUGCACCAAUUUGUAAGUCGCUCUGGAUAAGAGCGUCUGCUAAAUGACGUAAAUGUAAAUAUAGAAGCAAACCGGAUGGACAUCAUGAAAAUGAUCGUAGAGGUUGAGGGUAGAGGAAGUUCAGGAGUAAAAACAAACUAAAUAGAAUUAUUGUAAAAUUGACUGUGUCCAUAAAAUGUAUAUAGUAUGUAUAAGCUGGAGGUAGAGGCCUAAGCAUUGUUGUUCACUAGUUUACUCCAAUUAGGGAAGGGGUGGUGGGGUUGGAAAGUAAUAAAGGGAAAUAGAUUUUUAAAAAGGAUGUGUAUGUGUGUGUAUACAGUGGGGGAAAAAAGUAUUUAGUCAGCCACCAAUUGUGCAAGUUGUCCCACUUAAAAAGAUGAGAGAGGUCUGUAAUUUUCAUCAUUUUUAAUGAAUUUAUUUGCAAAUUAUGGUGGAAAAUAAGUAUUUGGUCACCUACAAACAAGCAAGAUUUCUGGCUCUCACAGACCUGUAACUUCUUCUUUAAGAGGCUCCUCUGUCCUCCACUCGUUACCUGUAUUAAUGGCACCUGUUUGAACUUGUUAUCAGUAUAAAAGACACCUGUCCACAACCUCAAACAGUCACACUCCAAACUCCACUAUGGCCAAGACCAAAAAGCUGUCAAAGGACACCAGAAACAAAAUUGUAGACCUGCACCAGGCUGGGAAGACUGAAUCUGCAAUAGGUAAGCAGCUUGGUUUGAAGAAAUCAACUGUGGGAGCAAUUAUUAGGAAAUGGAAGACAUACAAGACCACUGAUAAUCUCCCUCGAUCUGGGCUCCACGCAAGAUCUCACUCCGUUGGGUCAAAAUGAUCACAAGAACGGUGAGCAAAAAUCCCAGAACCACAAGGGGUGACCUAGUGAAUAACCUGCAGAGAACUGGGACCAAAGUAACAAAGCCUACCAUCAGUAACACACUACGCCGCCAGGGACUCAAAUCCUGCAGUGCCAGACGUGUCCCCCUGCUUAAGCCAGUACAGGAAAGAAUGAAUGGGGCCAUGUAUCAUGAGAUUUUGAGUGAAAACCUCCUUCCAUCAGCAAGGGCAUUGAAGAUUAAACGUGGCUGGGUCUUUCAGCAUGACAAUGAUCCCAAACACUCCGCCCGGGCAACGAAGGAGUGGCUUCGUAAGAAGCAUUUCAAGGUCCUGGAGUGGCCUAGCCAGUCUCCAGAUCUCAACCCCAUAGAAAACCUUUGGAGGUAGUUGAAAGUCUGUUUUGCCCAGCGACAGCCCCAAAACAUCACUGCUCUAGAGGAGAUCUGCAUGGAGGAAUGGGCCAAAAUACCAGCAACAGUGUGUGAAAACCUUGUGAAGACUUAGAGAAAACGUUUUGACCUGUGUCAUUGCCAACAAAGGUUAUAUAACAAAGUAUUGAGAAACUUUUGUUAUUGACCAAAUACUUAUUUUCCACCAUAAUUUGCAAAUAAAUUCAUUAAAAAUCCUAUAAUGUGAUUUUCUGGAUUUUUUUGUCUCAUUUUGUCUGUCAUAGUUGACGUGUACCUAUGAUGAAAAUUACAGGCCUCUCUCAUCUUUUUAAGUGGGAGAACUUGCACAAUUGGUGGCUGGCUAAAUACUUUUUUCCCCCACUGUGUAUGUAUGUAUGUAUGUGUGUGUAUAUAUAUAUAUAUAUAUGUGUGUGUGUGUAUAUGUAUGUAUGUAUGUAUGUAUGUAUAUAUGUGCGGGGGGGGAAAAACAUGGGGGAUUGGAAGUGAUGCAGACAAUUACAUUGAUGGAAGUUACAAUCUGUCUGCAAUAUUAAAGCAUAUUUUUUUUAUUCACAUAACAUUAUGCAUCCAAGACGAGCUGAAAUCUAAUUUGAAACUUGUUGUAUCGUUGUACAGCCUUUAUUUCAACAUGUCCUUUGAAAAUCUUGCAAGAGAAGAAUCAUUACCUUGUGUUAGAGCUUUUCUCCCAGAACCCUAGAUGUCUCAUGCUGUGAGAGAAGCAGUAAUGGAUGAGACAACUUUACAGACGUCAACUAUAUUAUUGAUGCAUUCAUUCAAUCAAUCAAUUUAUAACAUUUUCAUUUGUUGUCAGUACUGAUUUAUAGGUCAGCAAGUUAUGACCGAAGACAAGCUGCAUGUAUCUAAUUAUAAACAAAUAGCCUUCCAAAUAUCUGAAAUUAUAGGCAGAAACAUAUUUAAAUGAGGAUUAUUUAAAAACAUUUUCUACACCCACUGCGUAUGUCAUUUAUACAGUGUUAUCAACAAGAAUAAAACAUGUCUUAAAAAAGUUGGUCCAAAAUCUAAAUAAGUAAAUGUUUUGUAUGGAACCUAUUUUCUCAGCCCUAACCUUUAACCUCUGCCUCCUCCCGUCUCCCAGGUGACGAUGAGCAGAGUGACUGGUUCUAUGAGGGGGAGCCGGGGGGAGCAUGUGGGGUGGCGGGGGUGAUUCCCUGGUGGGAGAGAGAGGCAGGGGAGGAACUGGACCUGGCUGACCCUGUCUUCAACAGCAUCCUCACCGGAUCCUUUCCCAUAAUGAGCCCCGGGGCACAGAGAGGUAGCUGGACCCAGACCUGUCUUUUUAUAUGUCUGCCUGUUUGUUUGUAUCUCUGGGCCCAGUACCAUUUUGAUUACUAGUCCCGCUUGUCACUCUUUUUCUUUGCAUGAUGGUAGAAUGAAUUUUAUACAAAGAAGAGUUGUGAUCUGUCAUAUGGCCAGUAGGGGGCAUUUACUGCCCAGGGUUUAUCAUGUAGCCUCUACAGCUGCCGUAGCGUUUCCCCUAUUCCAGUCUAUGAUGUGUGCACUCUGCUGCCUCUCCUGUGGCAGGGUUCCAGGCCAGGCUGAGCCGGCUUCAUGGUGGGCCCCAGGGCCAGGCUUCUCAGCGCAGCUCAGGACAAGCCUUCAACGAGCGGCUGGGACGACACCACCAGGACUCGCAUGAGUCAGUCUACUUUACCUCCCUCACAGUCACCUGACUUGUAGAAUAUCUGUCUACACAUUAUUUAUUUUCUGUAUUUUUCUCUAUUUGACGUGACUGUGUGCAAAUAAACUAAACGAACCUAUGUGUCCUCCACAGCCCAUGGUUUAGUCCAGGGUCUAGAAGAGAACAUGGACAGGUAAGACAUGUUUAUCACUUAGCUGCACCUUCAGAACAGUACCGGCUGUUAUACAUUUAUGGCUGAUAAUGCCCAGAUAGACGUAUUUUACAUUUGCUAUUGGCUUUUCAUUUCUUCUCUCUCUCUAGAUGCACUGGGACUCAUGGUCAGACAGAGGCCAUCGGAGGAGCUGCUCAGUAAAGACGGCCAGCAGGUACAGGAGGAAUGAUCCAAUCAGCGAAGGAUCUAACAGACAAAUGAUACAGCUGUUCCAUCCACAACAGCACAUUGUUUCUAGGAUGUUGCCAACAGAUGGAUGCUAAUGAAUGAGGCUUAUUUCCUGGUUGUGGUUCUGCAGGCAGACGAGUGGUCACCUGGGGUCUCUGUGUACGGGGGACGUCAAGAGGAGACGCAAAGCAGCACCCCUUGGCUUACCUCCACCCACAGGUAAACUCUUUGACACACACCACUGCACUCACUGACACACUCCCAAUCCCCCCCCCACCUCACCAUCCCCUGUUAAAUCCAGUUUUAGCUCUCAACCCUCCUCCCUAACCUGGAUUGGACAGUAGUCAGUUGGCAGGCUCUGCAGUCACAGAGAGAUACCAGAUUAACCCUAAGCCAAUCACGGCUGUGUAUCCCAAACCCUCUCCUGCUCCCUUCCCAACCUUCACCUCUACCUCUGUUAGUAGUGUGUUUUAGGUGAGUGGAAAAUGUUAAUACCAGGAGGGGGAAUGAAAUUGCUUAAUCAAUAAGCCUUAAGCCUUCAUCAAGAUAAUUUGCUCUGCUCGUAUCUCUUUCAGUCUCUCCUUCCUUCUCUUAUGUCUCACUCUCCCCCUCUAACAUACUCUCCUCUUAUUUCCAUCUCUUCUUAUGUUGUAACUCUGUGUUCCUGUUCUUUUAUCUCUCCUUCUCUAGGGGUGGUAGGUGAGAGUGCGGUGCCCAUCCCAGAGACCAACAUGGGCAACCGGAUGCUGCAGAGUAUGGGCUGGAGCCCCGGCAUGGGCCUGGGUCCGGAGGGCAGGGGCAUCACCGAGCCCGUUCGGGCCACACAGAGACCCAAGGGAGCAGGUCUGGGUUUUAACUGAGCCUCAGGCUUUAGGCCCCAACUGAACAGGCCAGGCCAGUAGGCCUCGAUGGACAUGGACCCUACUGAGAGCAGGGAGGACUGUGGUCAACACGCUCUGGGAAGGAUACUCUGAUAGAGCAGCAGAGCUGGAAGGAUGCAAGUCAGCAAGAACAGUUUUAGCUAAUAGGAAGACAGAAAGGAAAAUCUGAGGUGGGAAACCCAACGCUCCAUGCACUUCCACUCUAACCAGGGCC